AUGUCGUGGUCUAGAGAUCAAGUUUCACUCCUGAUAGAGGAGUAUCACAAGUACCCAUGUUUGUAUGCGGUAAAAUCACCCAUGUACAAGAACGAACAUGCCCGAAAUACAGCGAUAGAAGCUAUAGAAGCAUCCCUGAAGACGUUAAGGCCCAGUGUAACGUCCCAAGAAAUUAAAAGCAAAUUUCAAGCUCUGAAAACAAAUUUCUUGAAUGAGCAUAGAAAACACGUUCAAAGCAUGAAAAGUGGUGCUGGACAAGAUGAGAUCUAUAUACCUUCAUUAUGGUAUUUUAAUAGUAUGAAGUUCAUUGUCGACCAUGUUGAUGUGAGGACUUCUUUUUAUUCCUCUGAGUUCUUGGAGAUCGAACCUGCCGCUCAAAAAUCAGAAGACUGA